GGUCUCGGGGCUGCUGCGGGCAGCGAUGGGAGAAGGCGGGGACUCCAGCGCCCUGGGCUCUGAGCAGCUGCGGCUAGAGCUGGGGCAGGAGAAGCAGAUGAAGGAAAUGCUUGAACUCUCAAUAUUUGAAUUGAGAAACACGAUAACAGAACUUGAAAAAAGACUUAGCAGUGUUGAGGAUGAAGGUAAUGAAUGGAAAACCAGGUAUGAGACACAAGUAGAAUUGAACAGACAACUAGAAAGGCAAACUGGUCUUCUUCAAGAAAAGAUGGAACAUAUUUGUGGAAAUCCAACAGAUAGAUUGUCUUCUAUUCGCUCCUUUGAUCAAAUGCCUGUGGGUUCCUUAAACCAGCUUCUUAAACAACUAGAAGAGGAAAAGAAAAGUCUCCAGAACCAACUGAAGGAUUAUGAGCUUAGACUGGAACAAGAAGCAAAGGCUUACCAUAAGGCUAAUGAUGAACGGCGCAUGUACCUAGCAGAGAUCUCACAGACAUCAUCUACACUUAAAAUUGCUGAGAGGCAGAAAACAGAUGCAGUGCAGAUCAAGAGGAAAAACCAAAUACUGAGAAGAAGACAUAAUGUUCCAGAAAAUCAAAGGAUUCUGGAUCCAAAAAAAGGACCAAUUAAAAAGACUGCAGGAGUGAAACAACUUCCAAAAUUAAAGCACUGACUUAAUAUUCUUAACAAGAACUUCCAAUCACUUUU